AUGGUUUCAUCACAAUGUCCCACUGAUCAAAACUUCAUUGUAGUGGAUUUCCACUACAAUGGAACGUUUGCGCCCAACCCAUUAGUAUACUUUGAUCCCGACAAACAAUCAGUACGAGAUGUUGACUUCAGUCCAUUUGAGUACAAGGAGUUCAUGGAAUUCCUUCAGAAGCUCACCAGAAGUAGAAGCAAAGACAUCUACUUUUGCCUUCCACAAGAGUCUUUAAGUCAGGGAAUUCAUACACUGGUGAAUGACGGUGAUUACAAAGAAUUUUUGGAUUUGGCUUAUGCAAAUGAGAGGAGAAUGAAGGUGUAUAUGGACCACUAUAAUGAACCAAUCUUCGAAUGGAUUGAGGAAAAGGAAAAUGAAGAUCAAGACUACAACUGUGAAGAGGAUGAAGACUCAGUCUUGUCGGACACUUAUUCUGUUGACCAUGAAGAAGAUGAUGCUGAAUAUCCAUUCCCAGCCAACAAAACCAUGGGUGACAGGUUCUUAAACAAACUUUGUCUACAUACAGUAAAUGUAGAUGAUCUAUAUGAAGAUGUUGAACCUUAA